AUGGCAGGUUCCGCCUUAAGGCGCCUAAUGGCCGAAUACAGACAACUCACCCUAAACCCUCCGGAAGGUAUCAUUGCUGGUCCGAUCAGUGAGGAGAACUUUUUCGAAUGGGAAGCCCUAAUUACCGGUCCGGAAGGAACCUGCUUCGAGGGUGGAAUUUUCACAGCCAAACUUGUGUUUCCGCCGGACUAUCCGCUCAGUCCACCGAAGAUGAAAUUUACGUGUGAAAUGUUCCACCCCAACAUUUUUACUGACGGUCGUGUCUGUAUAUCGAUUUUACAUGCACCGGGAGACGAUCCGCUAGGAUAUGAAUUAUCAGCUGAGCGCUGGAGUCCUGUACAAAGUGUGGAAAAGAUCUUACUAAGUGUUGUUAGUAUGUUGGCCGAACCAAAUGACGAAUCCGGUGCAAACGUGGAUGCGGCGAUAAUGUGGCGCGAAAACAGGGAAGAGUUUAACAAAAUUGCCCGACGUAUCGUACGCAAAACGUUAGGCCUUGCAUCCUAA